AAGCACAGGAUAUUGUGAAAUUCAGCUCCACAAUUAUAAAAUAAAAUAUCCUUCCAAAUUAGCCCCUGCGCACGAUGACACUGAAGCCCCCAACACUCGCCAACUGGUGCAGAGGCCACGCGAUGAGUAGCGUUCUUUUGCGUUUGGUUUUUCGGAAGAGUCGCAAUGCCCCCUUCGCAUUUCUUUCUCUGAUUUUUACUGUUUAGGUCUCUGAAAGUGAAAACCUAAAGAAAAGACCGCGAAAACAUUUCUGCAAAUUCCACUCCAUAGAAACCAUGGGUGGUAGAAGAAGAAAGAACCUCUCGAAAAUAGGAGAAACAGCCAACAAAGGGAAGGAGAAAGCGAAGGAAGAUCAAAGCCAUAUCGUCUCAAGCAACGUCGCUGAAGUGAAGCUGAAGAACAAAGAAGUAGCAGACGCUACUCACGUGAACAUAGCAAGCCAUCCGCAGUUCUUUGGAUAUGAAGAUUUCGACUCCGAUCACGGUUAUGGUUUUGAUUACGAUUACGACGGUAUGGGUUUCGAUGACAUUGACUUAUCCGAUCCCUUCUCCUACGAUGAUUAUACCGAUCCUUUACGGUACGACGAGGAUGGUAACUAUAGGGGUGACUACAGUCACUGGGGAGGUGACCAACGUCACUGGGCUGAGUUUUUUGGGUACCCUAUCCCUGGCUACCAGGACGAAGAAGACGAAGAAGAAGAGGAAGAGGAAGUGGACGAUGACUAUACCUACGAGAUGGCUAUUCUCCAAAAAGAAGAGGACGAACAGAUGGAGAAGCCAAUGAACAUCGGAGUGAUGUCGAAGCUUCCUUCGGAAGUUGUGUUCGACAUUCUUUCUCGAUUACCGAUCAAGACCCUCGCAAGAUGCAGAUGUGUGUCAAAGGAUAUGCGUCGCAUUACUCACAUUCGUCGUUUUAUCCAAAUGCACCAUAAUAGAGCAAUCCAGGGUGAUAUUCCUCCCAGCCUUCUGGUUCACGCUAGGUAUUGCAUUGAUGAACUUCCUAAUGACAUUUACUUGUUACAACAUGAUACUUGUGAUGAUACCCUUGAUGGCCGUGCUGUUGUUGCGCAUCCCCAGUUUUCCACCCGAAAGAAGUUUGAAGUUGUGGGUUCUUGUAAUGGCUUGCUCUGUUUGUCGGAGCCAAGGCAUUAUGGUCCUCGAUUUGUCUGCAAUCCUGUUACAGGGGAAUAUAUUUCGCUUCCGAAGCCUGAUAAACAUACUGAUUUUGACAUUGUAUCUGGUUUUGGCUAUGAUGAGAUGGCUAAUGAGUAUAAGGUGGUAAGGAUGUUGUUCCGUUCAGUUGAUCUCGAAUGUGGAAGUGGCACUUCGACUUUUAAAUUGGAAGGCGAAGUGUAUUCGCUUAGUUUGGGAAAUUGGAGGCAUAUUGGAGAUGCGCCAUAUGCACUUCGUGGAAAAGCAUCAUCUGCUUUCGUGAAUGGAGCUCUUCAUUGGAUGACGGAUGAGCUUAGAGAAUUGAUUGUAUCUUUUGAUUUGGGUAGGGAGGAAUUCCGAGUUGUUCCACCACCUCCAGGCUUUGUCCCAGGUUGCCGGAGCCAUAGUCUGAAUUUAGGUGUGUUAGGGGAACAUCUCUGUUUAUUCGAUUAUUCAAUUAAUGGGCAGCUUGAGAUAUGGGUAAUGAAGGAAUAUGGAAUGAAGUGGUCUUGGACUAAAGAAUAUGUUAUCUCACGGAAAAUUUUGGGACUAGACAGUGGCCAUUUUAUACCUUUAAGAUUGAUGAAAAAUGGUGAACUUUUGAUUUGGUAUGAAGAUGAAGGUCUGGGUUUCUAUAACCCUGUGAAAAAAGAAUUCAGGGAUUUUCAGAUCCGAGGACUUCCACCCUGUUUUGAGGCAAUAACUCAUGCUGGAAGCCUUCUUCCACUCCGGAAUGCUGUUGGAUUGGCAAAGAGUGAUGGAUGCAACUUCAGCUUUGGAAAAUGGUGCCCGACAUUAUUUCCAAUUCCUGCUCAUGAAUCAAUAAAGUAUGGAGACAAGCAGCCAACAGAGCAUGGAUUGAACCCUGAUGGAGAGAAUGAAGAGGACGUUCAAUUCUCCGAAAGGCCAGAAGGGCAGGACGGACUUCAAGGGGAAGAAGGUGCCUCUAACACUGAUAAAAUGAUUGAUAAUUUUGGUGCUUUGCUUAACCUUUUUGGGAAAGGAAUGGAUAGUAGGAAAUCAAGAGGAUUCUCAGUAAGAGGCCAGGGCAACGGAAGGGGAAGAGGAGAGGGAAGUGGGAGGGGCAGGGGAAAGGGAAGGGGAAGAGUGAAAGGCCGCAAAACAUAAUCUCCUUUAUUAUCUUUUACAGGUCAAGUGAAUGUAUAUGGAGGUGGGCUUAAGACUUUUUUGAGAAUGGAUGAAUACCCAGUUUGCAGUUUUGGUGUGAUGUGGGGCAGUAUGUGAUGAUCCCUCGUUGCUUGGUUUCAUUGCAAACCUUAAGGUCUGCAUCUAUCUUCUUUUCCCUUUUUGGUUGGUAGUGAACUCAUGACUGGUAUGGUUGAAAACUCCAGCUUUUCAGAUCAAUGAAUGGUGGCAGAUUUGAUUUGAACUGUGAUGAGUUACACUAUUCCCUAUGUUGGAUGAAAGACCCCAGUGUAUAAACUCAAAUGAAUUAAAAUCUUUGUUGA